AUGUAUCCUCCGUUGGUCUGCUUCUUCUUCGCCAUCUUCUUCCUCUCGAUUACGUCGACCAAGGUUCUCCACCUUUUUCUCAAUGCGCGUGCUUUUCCGACCGCGGUUACCGUCGUUUGCCUGCCUGCGUUCGUUGUGCCCGACAUUGUUCUGAUAAGCCUUGUUUGGCUCCUUCUGCGUCCCAAAAAUGGCUUCUUUUCCUCGCUCGGCUUCCUCGCAGCCUGCUUGAUUUGUCUCGUUACCCUCGGAGCCGCCUCGUCCCAGUGGGGAUUCUUUUACCAGUCUGGCGGCGAGCCUGAUUGGGGAGAUGCGGCAUCGUUUGCCGCUAGCGAAGAGGGCCGAAAGAUUCUGCUGAGCGAAGGCGCAAUGCCCCUCUCCUUUGCCUGUGGCAUCUUGGUGAUUUCUUGGAUUAUCAAGUCCCGUCUUUACAGGUUCGUGAGCCGUGCCUUGGCUGCGGCAGGGAUUUAUGCGCAAUCAUUGUUUCGAUGGACCACCUCCAAAGCCGGCCUGAGGAAUUCCACCAAGUGGGAAGAGACCGAGUCUUCACUUCUGCCCACUCUCCAACAUGAUUUCGACUCGGAUUCCGAUUCCGAUUCCGACUCAAAUGGAUUGCAUGAAAAGAUGGGCGCAACCUCUUCUCGUGCCAUGCACUGUCCCCGUUACCUUCCCCUGACUUUCGCCCUGCUGGUUCUCGUCGGACUGUUAGGAAUAUCGGCAUUUUUUGAUCGUGACAGACCAUACAGCCGCAUGUUUUCCACCCUGCCCCUGCCUUUGCUGGCCAUCUUCUUGCCGAAGCCCGUUCAAUGCGCCACCUCAUGGCCGCUGCCCGAAUUGAUCGAUAAAUCGGCAUGGGAGGCCCCCCAGGGAUAUUUCAAAGGCUGGGCACCGGGCGCUGCGAACCAUAUUAUCCAGACCUACCGAGACAGGCAGCCGGAUUGGCUGCCCGCCAUCCCUCUAAGCGGUUUUGCUCGCUGGAGCCGGGAUGCAAAGGCCAGCACCAACGAGCUGCCCUUAAACACUACGGAACGGCAAAGGAAGCACUGCUCCGAUCCUUUGAUACUUGACCCAUACUACAACCCCGCCAACGAUCCCAUCAAGAUUUCCAACCUGGGGAACCCCUUUUUAGAGCCAUUGCAGGCCGUUUUCAAAGACGGCUCUGUCAAGAUCAAGCAUGUUGCCGUGAUAUUGAUGGAAAGCGCGCGUCAGGAACUAUUCCCGCUUCGGCAAGGCUCGGGGUUUCACAACCUCCUCAUGAAAUCUCAUGACGAGCUCGAUUACGACGAUGUCAACGAGUUGCUGUCGCACAUAUCACCAAAUGCGGAGCGCAUUACUGGCCUGGGGGGCAACUGGAGGAGUAGCAACGGCACGGCGUUUGGUCGCAAACACUCGGAAUGGGACGACAAGACGAAGGAAGGCUUCGGCGGAAUCAACAUAAAUGGUGCUCUGACGACGAGCAGUGUGUCAAUGAAGAGUCUGGCUACCGUUCUCUGUGGCGCGUGGCCCAUGCCCGUAGACAUGUUUCAAGAGUCGGAAACAGAAAGCUAUCAGCCCUGCAUGCCCGAGAUCUUUGAGCUCUUCAACAGGUUGAAAACGAAAGAGCCGUCUGACCACUUUCACCAACAGCAAUGGUAUCCGGCCUUCUUCCAGGCAAUAACCGAUGGCUACGACCGGCAAGAUGUCUUCGAGAAGAAGAUUGGCUUUCCCCUCAUUGUCAACAAAGACCGUAUUAAGCAAGACUCGUUGGACGAGGCGGAUCUCGAAGAAGUCAAUUAUUUUGGUUAUCCGGACACGGCGGUAAAGCAUCACAUGGCGAAUUACAUAACCAAUGCCACGGCCAACAAUCAGCGCAUGUUCUUGUUCCACUUUACCAGCACAACGCACCAUCCCUGGUCUACGCCCAAGUGGUUCAAUACGAGCGAGUACUUGGGCCAGGCCCACGGACUGAUGCAGACUCACAAGGACAUGAACAGCUACUUGAACUCGAUUCGGUUCAACGACGUGUGGAUCGGUCAGCUCAUGCAGAUGUUUGACGACCACGGAAUAUCCAACGAGACCCUAGUCGUGUUUGUCGGCGACCACGGGCAAGCCUUCAAAGAAGACGUUGCCAAGACGGGCACGUAUGAGAAUCCUCACAUUAGCAACUUCCGCAUUCCCAUCACAUUCCGCCAUCCGCAGCUGCCGCGCGUCCAGCACCACGUCAACGCAACCUCUGUCAGCAUCCUCCCCACCAUCCUCGACCUCCUCGUCCACACCGGCUCUCUAAACGAGCGCGACGCGUCGGCGGCGGCAGACUUGAUGCAGGAUUACGAGGGCCAGUCGUUGGUUCGGCCGUUCCGAACGUCGUACAAGGGCCGGCGGGCGUGGAACUACAGCCUUGUCAACCCCGGCGGCCGCAUGCUGACCAUUACGUCUUCCGACACGCCGUGGAGGCUGGUGCUUCCGCUAGACAAGAAGACGGAAUACAUGUUUACGGACCUCGGCCAGGACCCGAUGGAGCUGUACCCUUUGCUGGAAUGGUCCAUUUCCAGCUUGCAGGCCUCGGUGCGGCGCAGGCACGGCAACGAGGCAGCUGAAUGGGUGGUGGAGGCGCAAAAGGUUGGUUUAUGGUGGGCGUCGGAGCGCAAGAGGCUUUGGAAAUACGAAGGCUGA